AUGGGGCCUGGCCUGAUCCUGCUGGAGACGGUGCUGGUGCUGCUGCUGCUGCUGCUGGGGCCACCUCUGGUCACUGGAACCGAGAGUAGACUCCGCACCCCUCCCGCUGCCCACUUCCUCUACCAGGGCAAGGUGGAGUGCCGCUUCGCCAACGGGACGGCGGGGGAGGUCCGGUUCCUGGAGCGUGACUUCUGGGACCGGCAGGAGUGCGUCCGCUUCGACAGCCGCCUGGGGCGCUACCGGGCCAUCUCCGAGCUCUGCACGGACGACGAGCGGGACUACAACCGCGACCUGCAGUGGCUGGAGAACAGGCGGGCACAGGUGGACGCCUUCUGCCGCUACAGCUACCUGGUGAUGGAGACGGGGCGGUUUACCUCAGUGUCUGAGUCGCCCUCCAGUAGCAUGUAUACCUUCUUUGUGCCCACGGUGACGAUCUCCCCCACCAAGGGGGACCCCCUGGCCCACCACACCCUCCUGAUUUGCACCGCGGCUGGCUAUUAUCCCCAGGGGGUUAAGAUCACGUGGCUGAAGAACGGGCAGGAGCAGACGGCGGGGGUGGGGUACGCGGAGGAGCUCCAGAACGCGGACUGGACCUACCAGUACCAGGCGAUGCUGGAGACGGUGCCCCAGCGGGGAGACCUCUACGCCUGCCAGGUGGAGCACAGCAGCCGGAAGGAACCCAUCACCGUGCAGUGGGAGCCACAGACGUCGGACUCCGCCAGGAGCAAAGUGUGGACGGGGGCUGUGGGGGCUGUUCUGGGGCUGGUCUUUGUGGCCGUGGGACUUUAUCUGUACCUGAAGAGCAAGAAAGGUGAGGGGGAGGGGUUGGGGGCUGCAACUCCCCCUCCGGCUCUGGAAUCCGCCCAUUAAUUGGAUCGACUUGAGAUGGAGAAAUGAGGGGGCCCAGCCUCAAAAAGCUCUCACAUCUUUUUUUUUGGGGGGGGGUCUCUUCCCACCGUCUGUAUUGGGGACUGCGGGAGGACCCCCAACGGUCUUGGGAUACAGUCAAAUAUUUUAAUUUCUUUAGCAGUUUUGGCCAGACUCAGAACGCUAGAAAAAGUAUGGUGGAGGACAACUGAGAUGAUGACGGGGCUGGAGCAACUUUUCUGUGGGAAAAGGCUGAAGAGUGUGG